CCCUUUCCCUUUGUCUUCUUAUUACAAUACAACGAACGUAUUUAUUUCCAACUUCUCAAAAAUCCUUCAGCAUUUUGUACCCUAAAAAUCAAUCUUGUCCAGAUAAUUGCCUCCAGUCAAACGAGUUCCUUUGAACCGAAUACAUAUUACAACUCUAAAAUAAAAUAAAAUCUCUAAAACAUUUCAACGAAAGGGAUCUUGAAACCCCUCAAGAAAUGGCGAAUCCGUUGCUACAUUGUUUCGCAUAUUUUACUCCUACUAAUUUCAAAAAUCUCCACAACACGGUCCGCAGCUACAAGUUUCGAUUCCAACCUUGAAGAGAGGAGUUGCAACCGAACCGAAAUUCUUGCUCGGGUCAAGGAAUACUUGGAGGGGGAGGAUUUUGCUGAAAUUAUGACUGAGAAGGUGAAAGGCGAAUGGAUGAAUCCCCUCAUAUUUUGGAACAACUUGCAAUUUAUCAGUCUCAAGUCCAACAUUUGUGACUCUGAUGAGGCCAAAUACCUUCGAAAAUACUGCUACGACUGGCCUCAUACUUCAGAGAGCUGGGGCGACGAUUUAAUGGACUAUGAUGCCACUGAUCAGUACCCAAACCUUUACCAAUGGAUUGAAUUUACCCGAGCUGUGUUGAAAAGUCCGCUCAAAUCCGGAAAAUUAGCUGUGCAUUACUGUCAACUGAUUAAUCCACUUCCAGUGAAGGAGAAGGACUUUAUUUUCUACGUUUAUCAAGACAGUCUCCUCUCCAGGAUGCUGUUGCCAUGGACGGCGGAACAAUUUGGGUUAGAUCCUGCCCCUGGCGAGGCCGAUAUCAAGAUCAACUUCAGUCCUUCAAUUAAAGAACGGCUUAGAAAAGAGCCUCGAGUAACAAAACCUACCGCAAUGUUGUCGCCAGAUUAUGUCGAUGUAGUGGCAUUAAUUACCAAGUAUGUCUUAAACGACCCAGACGAUUCUGACCACAAAACGAGAUUGUUGAAAGCGACAAGCGAUGUUGUCGAAGUCUAUAAAAACAUCACUUUAAUGGUAAUUAAUGAGAAAGUAUCGCCGGAAAAGGAGGACAAAAUUGACACAUUCGUCCACCCUACGGCGACAAACUUGACCAAUAACGUGGACAAAUUAGAAAUGAAUUACCAUAAUGAAACCGGACCAGCCUCUGCAUUUCCGCAAUGUUCGGCCAUAUGUGGGAAGUUGUCCGUAACGAGGAUUGGAUCUUUCUCUACACCCGAGAUUAGGGAAUGCUGCCAUGUCAAGUACAACACUCACAGAUAUUCUGGAUAUUGCAAAAACGCCACCCCCAUUUGCUCGACAGAAGGGGAAAAUCAAGCUCUGCUUUACCGCUGCUGUAGGAGGCAUGGAUUUCAUGUGGGAGAAUGCGAGUCGGCGACACGUUCACUCUGUUGGCACUUUGAUCAAUAAGAUCGCAUAAUUUGAAUCUGGAAAUGGAAUUAAAGGACGAAAAUUGAAGAAAGAUUGAAAAUUUCAGUUAUUAAGCUUGUGAUUUGACUUUUAAUAAAACAAUUAAAGCAUGUAAUAAUUCAUGAUAGCGUCUUCAUUAAUUUGAAUAAUUCAAUUAAAACCACCCACCCACUACAAUGAUGACGUAAUAUAUGUACGUUCCCCUUCUCAUAUUUUCAUGACA